GCCACAGGACACGGAGCUGCAGACCAGGAUCAGGGCGGCGAGCAGGACCUCCACCAUCUGGCAGCAGGCUGGAGGGGAGGCCGAGCUCUCAGGAUGGACUCGUACCUGAUCCAAGUGAAUGGCCAUGGAGAUCAUGCCCCUCUGCUAGAUGUUCACCUCAAGAACACUGGGAACACCAUAUCACCAGGGAAGGUGAAGGGUCGGAAGCCAAGAUGGGCUGUAAGGGCUUCUGAAAUGUCAAAGAAGACUUUCAAUCCCAUCCGAGCCAUUGUAGACAGCAUGAAGGUGGAACCCAACCCAAAGAAAGCCAUGAUCUCCUUGUCCUUAGGAGACCCGACGGUCUUUGGAAACCUUCCCACAAAUGAUGAGGUCACACGGGCUGUGAAGGAGGUUUUGGACUCAGGACAGUACAAUGGUUAUGCUCCGUCUGUUGGCUACCAGUCCUGCCGGGAAGCUGUUGCUGCAUACUACAACUGCCCGGAGGCACCACUGAAGGCCCAGGAUGUCAUCUUAACGAGUGGCUGCAGCCAGGCCAUAGAGCUUGCCUUGGCAGUGCUGGCCAACCCAGGCCAGAACAUCCUGGUGCCACGGCCUGGCUUCUCCCUGUACAAGACUCUGGCAUUGUCUAUGGGGAUAGAGGUCAAACUCUAUAACCUCUUGCCAGAGAAGGCCUGGGAAAUUGAUUUGGAGCACUUGGAGUCUUUGGUGGAUGAGAAAACAGCUUGCCUCAUUGUGAACAAUCCAUCGAACCCCUGUGGCUCUGUGUUCCGCAAGAGCCACCUCCAGGAGAUCCUGGCAGUGGCAUCAAGACAGUGUGUGCCCAUCCUGGCUGAUGAGAUCUACGGAGACAUGGUAUUUGCUGACUACAAGUAUGAACCCAUUGCAACUCUCAGCACCAAUGUGCCAAUCUUGUCCUGUGGUGGCUUGGCAAAGCGAUGGCUGGUCCCUGGCUGGCGCAUGGGCUGGAUCCUAAUUCAUGACAGAAGAGACAUCUUUGGUAAUGAGAUCAGGGACGGCCUUCUAAGACUGAGUCAAAGGAUCCUAGGACCCUGUACAAUUGUCCAAGGAGCACUGGAGCGUAUCUUGCACCGAACACCACCUGAGUUCUACCACAACACCCUAAGCAUCCUCAAGUCUAAUGCUGACCUUUGUUAUGCUGCCUUAUCAGCUAUCCCUGGCCUUCAGCCUGUCAGGCCUUCUGGAGCCAUGUACCUGAUGGUUGAGAUAGAGAUGGAGCAUUUUCCGGAGUUUGAAAAUGACGUGGAGUUCACUGAGCGACUCAUCUCGGAGCAGUCUGUGUUCUGCUUGCCAGCCACGUGCUUUGAGUACCCAAACUUCUUCCGCGUAGUGAUCACCGUGCCCGAGGAGAUGAUCUUGGAGGCCUGCAGUCGCAUUCAGGAGUUCUGUGAGAUGCACUACCAGGGUGCUGAAGGGGCCCAGGAUCUGGAGUGUGACAAGUAGCUACAGGUGGCCCCCUGCCUCUGUCAGGCUAGACCUUGUAUGAGGCAGCAGCUGGGCAGGCAAGGCUGCUUCCAGCCAGCCCCACCUCUCUCUGCCUUAAGCAGCCACUGUCGUGCUGCUUCACCUUUUGUGGUCCACAGACUCCUCAGCAUUAUGGAAAGAAGACACUUCUCUCUCCUCCUCCACUAGAGCUUGCACAGUCUCUUGCUUCCAGUCCCCCAUGUCUCUGUAGACUCAGCAUCUGUGCCCUGUGUUGGUCUGUGCUACCUGUGAACCAGCUGCAGGCAGGGGCAGAAGGUUUUUCCUGGGUUGGGCCCUGUGUCAAAGGCCCUGUUGGCCUGUGGCUCCUGUGCUGGCCACACUUCCCCUUGGGGACAGGACAAGGCUGCUGUCUUGGAGGAGAAGAGAAAAGUACCCACCUCUCACUUCCCUGCGUUACUUUAGGAGGCCAGAGCUCUUUAUACCAAGCCCUUUGCGUGAUAAAGGGAGUAAGUUAUUGUAACUUUUUUACUAAUAAAAAUUCUGA